GGCCGGGACAGGCGGUAAAGAGGAGACUGAAGCAGCCGGCACGGGGACGGGUGUGGUGGUGGUACAGGCUGUGACGAGUGCCUGUGGCCUGGAGCCUCGCCUGUGGCGAGUGUCGAACGCAGAAGGGACUUUGGGUGUACCGUGUGCACCAGUGGGCCGGAGGCGUGACACUGGAACAGCAGAACACACAAUGCUUCUAAGCAAUGCCGUGAGACUUCCGAAAGUGUCAUAUGGCACAUACAAAGUUGCUGGGAAGAACAUGGAAGAGUUGCUGGAUGCUGCACUUGAUGCUGGCUACAGAUCUAUUGACACUGCUGAGGGGUACCGGAACGAGGCGGCAAUCGGUGCGGCGCUGGCCCGGCUCCUGCCCGCCCACGGUCUAACGCGCCCGGAGGUGUUCCUCACCAGCAAACUGGCGCCCCGAAGCCAGGGCUAUGAGUCAUGUCUGAAGGCCGUGGCCGCCUCGCUGGACGCUCUGCAAACGAGCUACAUCGACCUCUACCUCAUUCACUGGCCCGGUGCUGCCGGCCUGGACCCGGCCGAUCCGCGCCACGCCGAGCUGCGGGCCGGCUCGUGGCGCGCGCUGGAGCACCUGCUGGCGGCCGGCACGCUGCGCGCCAUCGGCGUCUCCAACUACGGCCGCGCCCACCUGCGCCAGCUGCUGGACAUCUGCUCCACGGCGCCGCACGUCAACCAGGUUGAAUGUCAUCCCUACUAUCAGCAGAAGGAACUGAGGGAGUUUUGCGGCAAGAACAGCAUUCACGUGCAAGCCUAUUCCUCUCUUGGUACAACGGUGGAGAAGAGUCCGCUGCUGGUUGAUCCGGCAGUACAAGAGGUGGCCAAGGAAGUCAACAAGUCCCCUGCGCAGGUGCUGCUGAAGUGGGCGCUGCAGCAAUCCCUCAGCGUGAUACCGAAAUCCAACAAUCCGCGGCACAUCCGGGAGAACAUGCAGCUGGAGUUUGCGCUGGACGACCGUCAGAUGUCGCUGCUGUCGGCGCUUGAUAGAAACACCAAGUUUGCGUGGGACCCGCAAGGCGUGGUGUGACCGACCGCGGCGGCGGGGCUAGAGCUGCACGCCAGCCUGUCUCAGAGGUCCGUCCGCCACGGAUGGGUGGCGGGAGCGAGACGCGUCCGAGGUCAGGGCGCGCGGCCCUGUCAUGCGCUGCAGUACCUCUCCUCGCCGGGCGGGCGAAGUUCCCGGGGGAAGUUCGCUGGCUAGUUGGGAUGCCGUGCCAGAUCAUAUAAGUAUGGGCGUGGUUUUCGUCAGAAUGUCACUGGAUUGCAGCCGGAAUGCGGAAUGUUGCGGUGGCUGGACGGUGGGGCAGCGAUGGGCCGCGUGGAGGUGGAUAACCUGAUCUGGUGAUUGAGCCAUGCGCAACGCCUCGGCGAGUUGAUGACGUCCAUAAAGUUGGAAACUGUUGUGAUUAAGUCCAGAAGCGAGCCGACCACUGCUGACUUUCCCUUUCGUGCCCCAGUGAUGUCCAGACGCGGGACACCGGGUUGAAAUCCGGUUACGAAAGCAGCUAUAGACUAUGCUCGGACGGACGCAUGCGCGUGGUGAUGACGGAACGUUGGCUGCACAUUGCUUCCCUCAACGGCUUUGUUUGACUUGGCUUGUGUCGGGCUGUGCUGCGGUUGCUCAUGUCAAUAAAUUAUGUAUUCCUUGUG